AAUAAUUUACUUCAGAAUUCAAAAUCUCCUCUUCAUAUUUAUUUGUCGAUCACUUGAAACCUCUCUUCAAAAAAUGAAAGAAAGCACCGCCACCUGCGUAGACAUCCUCUUGGCCAUAUUCUUGCCUCCUCUCGGCGUCUUCUUCAAAUAUGGCUGCGGGGUUGAGUUCUGGAUAUGUUUGCUUCUCACAAUCUUGGGUUAUCUCCCUGGAAUUAUUUAUGCCGUUUAUGCCAUCACCAAGUGACCAUCUUCCAUAUCCGAUGGAGAGAAACAGAGGCCAAGGUUGAAGAUGCAGAGUGAUUAACAAUAGUUCGAUGGACAGUUUUUUUUUUUUUGUUUGUUAAUGAUUUUGUACUGUGAAUCAAUGUUCUUGAUUUUUCUGUUUUUGAUUAUAUGGGGUUAAUUGGAUUAUUUUGAGUGGUUGGUUUUCUGAUUAA